UUCGCUGUCGCUGAUUGAGCUUGCUUCACUUGCCCGUUUUGCUCGUAAUAGUAGUUUGCUUGUUGGCCAUCUCUCGCCAUCGUGCUUUGUAGACUUUAGUAGUUUAGUGCUUGCUCCACACCACACCGACACUAUGCCGAAUGUCGACAAUGAGGCUCUGUCCGCAGCCUACCAAGCCGUUCGUGACGAUUCUAACGACACCACCUGGGCUGCGUUCGGUUACGAAGGACCUGACAUCGUUCAGCUGGCGACAGGACCGGACUACGAAGACUUUCUGAGUCUUUGUGCAGAUAGCGAGCGUGUAUAUGGAUAUAUUCGCAUCACCACCGGUGACGAGAUGUCCAAGCGCUCCAAGUUUGUAUUUAUCACGUGGAUAGGAGACUCCGUUUCGCCACUGAAGAAGGCCAGAGUGAGCACUGACAAGGCGUUCGUCAAACAAAUCAUUACAAACUUUGCAAAGGAGGUGCUGGCAUCGUCGCAUGCAGAAAUCACCAUCGCUGAGCUCGAGGAAGUAGUGCGUAAGGCCGGCGGCGCCAAUUACGGAACAGGAAGAUAGGCGCGCAAAUCGCUGACGGCGCGGCGUUUUAGCCCGGGGUCAAGGUAUUAUUUUAUGCCGGGCAUGAGCGGGCCCUGUGUAAAGACCCAAGGUCAUAUAAUAUUAUUAUUCUUGUAUGUUUUUUUUCGUUUUUCUCCUCCGUUUCAUCUACCCUUGAUAUAUGGUUCCUUGCAACGGGAUCCUUCCGGUCCUUUCCGGCAGUAGAACGUGGCUACGGAAUGCGGUGUGCCUAGCUUUUAAAACCUAAUAUUGCAGCAGAUUGCUGUUGCUAUGGCUACGGUUGCCUUGGUGAACAUUGCGCCGUAGCCAUUCUAGCCUAUUUAUAGGUUUCCUUUAUCUCGUCUAGCUCUUGGUUUUGUUCUCCAUCCCGUGUAGCCGACUGCAUGUGAUCAUGCAGGAGCUAGAGUACUCCCGUGUACGCGCAUGGAGCACUGAGCUCGGGCUGCAGUGUGUAGUGAUCAGCAGACCUGUUUGUGCUCCAUAGCAUCUUUUCUACUUGCACGGCAGCCUGGUCAGCAGCAUACCUCGUGGCACGCACACAGUGCCGGCACGUCCGCUUGUGUGUGUGUUUUCCUGUUCACUAUCGUUCUGCUAGUCAUCACAUUAUGUGUAUUUAUUUUUUCUCCUUCGCCGAAAGGCCUAUUUAUCUCCAGCCGACCGCUGAAGACCCUAAGAAAAAAAAGCGAAUGCGUUUGA